GUUCUCUGUAGUGUGACUUAAGUUCACGGGAACAGAUUAUCUUGGUUGUUUACAGAAUCAAUAAUAAUUUCUUAUCUAUCACAGCACACUGUAUUCUGCGGGUGGAGACUGAAACUAAGGACAGAUUGAGAAAUGGCAGAUAAACUUUCUGAUCUGAGAAUUGUGCUGUUGGGUAACACUGGAUCAGGAAAAAGUGCAGCAGGAAACACCAUCUUGAACAGAGAUGCAUUUGAAGUGAAAAACUCUCCAGGAUCAGUUACAAUCAAAUGUGAGAAACAAGAAGCAUAUGUGAGUGGAUGGAAAACAUCAGUUAUUGACUGUCCAGGUCUAGCUGACACUAGAGAUAAUGAAGAAAUACUGCAGACUGUCACAGGGAAGUGUAUGGACUUGUCCUACCCUGGUCCUCAUGUGUUCCUGCUGGUGAUGAAACUGGGUAUGAAAUUCACAGAUGAAGAGAAGAACACUUUGAAAUGGAUUCAGGAAAACUUUGGAGAAGAUGCUCUGAAUUACACCAUCAUUUUGUUCACUCAUGAUGAUGUCCUGAAGGGCAAACCUGUAGAAAGAUAUCUCAGUAAAAGCAAUGAUCUAAAGCAGAUGAUUAAGACCUGUUGGGGCAGAUAUCACUCAUUCAACAAUGAGAACAGAAAUAAUCGAGAUCAGGUCACAGAGCUGCUGGGAAAGAUAGAUGCAAUGGUUAAUUUAAAUGGAGGGAUGCACUACAAUCAUCAGAUGAAUAGAGAAGCACAGAAAAAGCUAAAUGCUAAAAGAAACUAAAGAAAGAUAAAAUAUCAGCUAUGGCUGCAGGAGGUACAGUAUAGUUGUUGGGGACUGCUGUAGAAUCAGUAAAACCUUUUUAGUUCUAAUUAGUAGUUGACAUUAGAUUGACAGGCACACAUUUUAAUGUGAUUUAAUGUGGGGAUUGUUUAAAUGCUAUAUCCAUGCAUAGAUUUAGUUGUUUAGAGCAACAGAUAAACAAUAUUG